AUGGUGGGCAUAGAUCAUCGCAUCAAUCGAUAUUGGAAAUCGAAAAAAUUGAUCGAACCAUCUCUGCGUCAAAUCCGCUAUUUCAUCGCCGUCGCCAAUGCCGGCCAGGUCUCGCGCGCGGCCAAGGAUCUGAACGUGUCGCAAUCUGCGGUGACGGCGGCCAUCAAACAGCUCGAGGAGAUUAUCGGCGCCUCCCUGUUCGAGCGCCAUUCUUCCGGCGUGACGCUGACCUAUGAAGGCAAUUUGUUUCUCGAACAUGCGGUGCACAUUUCAGCCGCCGUCGACGAGGCGGUGCGGCUGCCGACGCGCAUGCGCGACAAUGUCACCGGCACGCUGCGCCUUGCGACGACCUACACCGUGGCCGGCUAUUACGCGCCGCCCUUCGUUGCGCGCUUUGCCCGCAACUUUCCCAACAUCGACAUCAAGAUGACCGAGACGCCGCGCGGCGAGAUCGAGGAAGGGCUGGUGACCGGCCAGUUCGACCUCGCCGUGAUGCUGACCUCCAACAUCGUCAACCAGGAGGGGAUCGCCUAUGACACGCUGCUGCGCUCGCGGCGGCGCCUGUGGCUGCCCGCGCAGCACCCGCUUCUGAUGAACCCGUCCAUCUCGCUUCAGGAUGUGGCCGAGGAGCCCUACAUCAUGCUGACGGUGGACGAGGCGUCCAACACCGCGCAGCGCUACUGGAACCGCACGCGCUACCGCCCCAGGACCAUCUUCCGCACGUCUUCGGUGGAGGCGGUGCGCUCGAUGGUGGCAAACGGCAUGGGCGUCACGGUCCUGUCGGACAUGGUCUACCGGCCCUGGUCGCUGGACGGGCGGCGGGUGGAGGUGGUGGCGCUGGCCGACCAGGUGCCGAGCAUGGAUGUGGGCCUUGCCUGGGCGGCCGACGCGGAACUGGACGAAGCGGCGCGCGCCUUCGUCGACUUCAUGCAUCUGGGCAUGGAUGGCGACGAGCCGGCGCUGCGCAAAAUGCCGGCCAACACGGCAAAGCGUAUCGUCGGCAAGAUCGAAGCUUAUGCCAUCGACCCGGCCGCCCAGGCCAACAAUGUCAAGGCUCUCAAGGGCACCGAUGCGAUCCGGCUGCGGGUCGGUCACUGGCGCGUGGUCAUGAUCGACGGCGAGGUGACCAUCAUGGAUGAUAUGAAAGAUACCGUCACCAUCCCGCGCGCCGAGUAUGAGGCGCUGAUCGCGGCGCGUGACGACCAUGAAGACAUGCAGGCCGUGGCCGACCAUCUGGCCGACCCGCAAGAGGGCCUGCCGCACGAGUUGAUGAAGCGGCUGAUCGACGGUGAAAGUCCGCUCAGCGUUUACCGGCAAUGGCGGGGCUUCAACCAGUCAUCGCUGUCCAGAGCCUCCGGCGUCAACCGCGUGCAGAUCGCCGACAUCGAAGCGGGCCGAAGCAAGGGCUCGGUGGCGACACUCAAGAAGCUGGCCGAAGCUUUGAACGUCUCGAUUGAUGAUCUGGUUUGA